AUGCCUGAACAUCGCCACCACAUUGUGGAGUUCCUGAAAUGCCUGAGAGAAUACCUUCUGUUCCUCAAAGCCAAAAAGUGCCCCUUCCACCAAACCUCAGUGCAGUUCCUUGGAUACAACAACGAGGGUAAGAUAGCAGCCAUUAAGAACUGGCCCAUCCCCACAACCAUAAAAGAGCUCCAACGCUUCCUCGGCUUCUCAGAUGUCUACAGGAGAUUCAUCCAUAAUUACAGCUCCAUUGCCUGCCCUCUCACCAGUCUCCUGAAAAACAAGCCCAGUGCUGUGUCCGAAACCGCUCCCCAUCUACUCUAUAUUGCACUAUAUGGGGUGUCAGCCAUUUUGUAG